UCUGCAGGGAAGGGCACGCCUUCUUCAUUGCACGACCCCAUGCAGGCAAUCCAGGCCAAGAACACCUGGAAGACCUCUCUUCGGGAGAUGCUCAUCUCUGUGGCCCUGGGCCAGGUACUGUCCCUCCUCAUCUGUGGAAUUGGCUUAACCAGCAAGUACCUGUCAGAAGACUUCCACGCCAACACACCCGUCUUCCAGAGCUUCCUCAACUACAUCCUUCUCUUCUUGGUCUACACCACUACUCUGGCAGUCCGGCAAGGAGAAGAAAACCUGCUUGCCAUUCUACGCCACAGAUGGUGGAAGUACAUGGUCCUGGGCCUCAUCGACCUGGAGGCCAACUACCUGGUGGUGAAGGCGUACCAGUACACCACGCUGACCAGCAUCCAGCUCCUGGACUGCUUCGUGAUCCCAGUGGUGAUCCUGCUGUCCUGGUUCUUCCUGCUUGUCCGGUACAAGGCCGUGCACUUCCUGGGCAUCGUGGUCUGCAUCCUGGGCAUGGGCUGCAUGGUGGGUGCUGACGUGCUGGUGGGCAGACACCAGGGAGCAGGUGAAAACAAGCUGGUGGGGGACCUGCUGGUGCUGGGGGGAGCCACGCUGUAUGGCAUCUCUAAUGUCUGGGAGGAGUACAUCAUCCGGACCCUCAGCCGGGUGGAGUUCCUGGGCAUGAUUGGCCUCUUCGGUGCAUUCUUCAGUGGAAUUCAGCUAGCCAUCAUGGAGCACAAGGAGCUGCUGAAGGUGCCCUGGGACUGGCAAAUAGGGCUGCUCUACGUGAGCUUCAGCGCCUGCAUGUUCGGUCUGUACAGCUUUAUGCCUGUCGUCAUCAAGAAGACCAGCGCCACCGCCGUCAACCUCUCCCUGCUCACAGCAGACUUGUACAGCCUGUUCUGCGGGCUGUUUCUGUUCCACUACAAGUUUUCCGGACUCUAUCUGCUGUCUUUCUUCACCAUCCUCAUCGGGCUGGUGCUGUACUCCUCCACCUCCACCUACAUCGCCCAGGACCCCCGCGUGUACAAGCAGUUCCGCAACCCUGCGGGGCCUGCCGUGGACUUGCCCGCCGCAGCCCAGGUGGAGCCCUCGGUCACCUACACCAGCCUGGGCCAGGAGACCGAAGAGGAGCCCCAUGUGCACAUGGCCUAGGCCACGGCCCUGUCCGCCGUCAUCUCCGUGUUGUACAUAGAGAAAGGUAUUUACUGGGUGCAGCUCACACAGGUGGCCUGCAAGGUAGCGAGUCUGGGAGCUUGGAGGGCACCUGCUGAGGGCCGCUGGGGCCCAGGCUUGUACACCUGCCUGAGAGGCACUCAGAUGGCUGCCCGUCAACCCUGCACCAACUGCUGUGACAUCAGUGUCCUCGCUGUUCUGAUCUGUAUGACUACUGUGUACCGAUUUUCAGGAGGGCCUUUGGACUCCUGGUUGGGACCAUUGCCAGACCCCCACGUAGCCCACAGGAGCCCCACUUUUCUAUGGCGAGUCCUACUCUUUGUAAGGAUCGUACUUUCUUUUUUACACAGACACAGAGCGAUGCAGGGCAGGGAGCUCCACCCCAAGAAGUACUCUGUCCCGGCCUGGGUGGCCGCUGGCAUCUCUGGCCCUGUUGGAUCGCCUGCCUGCCUGCUCAACAAGUGUUUUGUGCUGUGACCCUUGUGGGGAGAGGCAACUGACCAUAUAAUUCUCUAUUCUAGGAAUAGAUUUAAAGCAAACAUUUUAGCCUUUUUGUAUUUCAGCCUCUGAUUACCCAGGCCAUUGCCUUUACAUUGGGCCACGUAAUUCAGCUAAUCAAGUCCCCGUGACAGCAGGACAAGGACUGUUCCAUUUCUGUGGCUCAGGGGAAACCCCAAAAUAGGAACAUUUGUGUUUAGCACUAGAUUUGCUUUCAAACUUUUUUGGCCCUCCCUAAAUCCUCUCUUCAAAAAUUACUUUUUAUUUUCCUUUUAUUUCCUAGACUUUCUAGUCUAAUAAAUUAAUCAAGGCACAGAAAAAAGCCAUGCUCCUCUAUCCUCUUACUUAUAUAAUACCUGUUUUGAAAUGCACCAGCCUGGAAAUCUUCUUUAUUUUGGAGUUGUAUUGGUCACACCACCUCCCGAAGCCACAGUGCCGAUGUGGAACCCACCCAAUGAUGGCCCAGUUGUGGUGGUAAAGGCGGCACCAUUGAAAAAAUCUGGCAAGGUGAUCACAUUUGACAUCCAUCUGACAGCAGCACGUACUGACACAACACCCUCAUGGUGCAGAGUACCACAGGGUCCCACAAGCCUUGGGCAGUGUGUCACUAGCCCAGCCCAGUGCCCUUAAACAGCACCUUUAUUCAAACACAGGAAACUAAGAACCACUGACCUCUGUCACUCAGCAGACCGCGAGUCAGGGUGUGACGUGCAUUAGGCUUGGCUGAUUUGAACACCACGCCCAAGGGUCUCUGGUGGGCUCUAGGGCUUGCACAGGGUUCAUACCUCCUUGAGCAAUGCAGAUCAAGGCCUCUUAGGUGAGCACACAAUGCAGAACACUGAUGGGUAGAGAAAGAUCGGGGUGUGGAGCCAGAGCGAGGCCUGGAGCGCAGGCCAAGCAGCCCUCACCAUGCCAGCACUCCUGUGGCCUUUCUGAGAACCCCCAUGCAGGCAGUCGUCCUGCCUCGCAAGAUGGGAGAGAAACUCUUCUCUGACACAUAGAUCCCGUGAUCACUUCUGCCCCUAGAAACAGGUUCCACCUGCUGUGGCCUCAACCUGGUGUCAGUCACAUCAAGACAGCCUUGCUCCCUGCUCCUUAAGAACCAGUUAAAUACCUUUCUCUGAAUUUUUUUCUCCACUCAGAUCUGAAGAACUUUAAAGAUUGUGGUUUUAUUUUUGUGUUUACAUUCUUUUGGUUUGCAUAAUUUGCUUGACUUAUUUCAUUUUUAGUAUUUAUUUUAAGCCAAAUGUUUUUGUGUUUUGGAUUCAUUUUUAUGACACUGAUUUGUAGACACUUAGUAAAGUCUUAUGAGAAGCAAGUGGCUGGAACAAUUUCUAAGUCCACUCAGUGGACUGGGAAUUUUCUUUUUAAUUCAAAUUUCCAAAGGUUUGCGCUUGACCAGUGGCUAACGGCUGCUGUCUAAGUUACUCUGGGUGUCGACAGACUGCUGUGUGGAAACCGAGAGUGAGGGUCAAGGUGAGUCCGCCAUGUGCCCUCUGUUGUAUAGCAUCCUGGUAGUCGGCCUUCGCAUCCCCAGGCCACCUUGCCGUGCCAGUGUGUCUCUAGAAAGGCUGGAAAGGUACCGAGCUGUCCAUGGUCAGGAGUUCCAGGCUCACAUAAAGGGGAAUUACGGUAGCAAAGGACAAGUUCUUUUUCUGUGUAAAAACGUCGAUCCUUUGGGAGUGGGGAGGGAAGUGGGAAUAGGGCAAUCUUAACUCUAGCAGUUUUAGUUUCUGAGAUUUCAUAACAGUAGAAACCAGCAAAAAUUUCAGCUUUUCAGUCCACCUCCACACUCUCCUCUACAAGAUAAGACUUUCGAGAUCUGUAUGCAACGUGUUCGGGCUGUCCUGAAGCCCGCCCACCCCGGAGAGGUGGUGGUGCUCACCUCCUCACAAGUCUGCGCUUGGUCCCACCUUCCAGGCUCCAGACUCACGCAAGACUGGGAGACCAAGCAAGGGGACGGUUUGCACCACUAUGUCCCAUGAAAUGUUUGGAUGUUUAGUUUAGGUAUUGCUAACUUGUGCUAUUAACCUUCUGACAAGCGUGUAGUAUUGUUUGUUUUGGUUAUUUUUGAUUUGUAACCACUUAGUAGUCCCAGCUAGUUACCAGUACAGAUUUUACCCCAUGGGUAGGAUUCUAUUGUUCAGCUACAAAACAAAGCACACUAAUCCUGACGACGCAAAUGGAAAAAUAUGAACCAAAAAACAAAAUUACACCAAUAAGUUCAACAAA